GGUUCUUGGGCGGGGUUCCUAGAGAGACAGCGUGUCGCGAGCCAAAGGCUCUCACCUGGGUGGUCUGGGGAGUCUUGCCACGUGGGAGGGGAGGAGCAGAGACGCCACUGGAGGACGCGCUGACUGGGGGACCGGAAGCCAAGUGGGUGGGGUUCCGCUAGGGUCCGCGUGUCAGUCCCCCCUGGUAAACUCGUUGUCCCUUCUCUUCCAGGCAACAUGUCGGAAGGAAACGCCGCCGGCGAGCCCAGCACUCCGGGAGGGCCCCGACCCCUCCUGACCGGGGCCCGGGGGCUCAUCGGGCGGCGGCCGGCGCCCCCCCUCACCCCCGGCCGCCUUCCCUCCAUCCGUUCCAGGGACCUCACCCUCGGGGGAGUCAAGAAGAAAACCUUCACCCCAAAUAUCAUCAGUCGGAAGAUCAAGGAAGAGCCCAAGGAAGAAGUAACUGUCAAGAAGGAGAAGCGUGAGAGGGACAGAGACCGACAGCGAGAGGGGCAUGGACGAGGACGAGGCCGCCCAGAAGUGAUCCAGUCCCACUCCAUCUUUGAGCAGGGCCCAGCUGAAAUGAUGAAGAAAAAAGGAAACUGGGAUAAGACAGUGGAUGUGUCAGACAUGGGACCUUCUCAUAUCAUCAACAUCAAAAAAGAGAAGAGAGAGACAGACGAAGAAACGAAACAGAUCUUGCGCAUGCUGGAGAAGGACGAUUUCCUCGAUGACCCAGGGCUGAGGAACGACACUCGAAAUAUGCCUGUGCAGCUGCCGCUGGCUCACUCGGGAUGGCUUUUUAAGGAAGAAAAUGAUGAACCAGAUGUUAAACCAUGGCUGACUGGCCCUAAGGAAGAGGACAUGGAGGUGGACAUACCUGCUGUGAAAGUGAAAGAGGAGCCUCGAGAUGAGGAGGAGGAGGCCAAGAUGAAGGCUCCUCCCAAAGCAGCCAGGAAGACCCCGGGCCUCCCGAAGGACAUAUCCGUGGCAGAGCUGCUCAGGGAGCUGAGCCUGACCAAGGAGGAGGAACUGCUGUUUCUCCAGCUGCCAGACACCCUCCCUGGCCAACCGCCCACCCAGGACAUCAAGCCCAUUAAGACAGAGGUACAGGGCGAGGAUGGCCAGAUGGUACUCAUCAAGCAGGAGAAGGACCGGGAAGCCAGACUGGCAGAGAAUGCUUGUACCCUGGCUGACCUGACAGAGGGUCAGGUUGGCAAGCUACUCAUCCGCAAGUCUGGAAGGGUGCAACUCCUCCUGGGCAAAGUGACUCUGGACGUGACCAUGGGAACCGCCUGCUCCUUCCUGCAGGAGCUGGUGUCCGUGGGCCUUGGAGACAGUAGGACAGGGGAGAUGACAGUCCUGGGACACGUGAAGCACAAACUUGUAUGUUCCCCUGAUUUUGAGUCUCUCUUGGAUCACAAACACCGGUAAAAUGAGCAGAUGGAGGAGGACGGCGCCUGUGCCCACGGCUGCUGCCUGCUCCAGACAUUUUGUUCUUGAAUCUGUGAGACCCAAAAGGGGCCCACUGAGCCUACCCACUCCAGCCUUUGGCAGCCAUUGUCCCAGAUUCCCCUGGGCUUCCUCCCACAGCAGCUGUCAAUGGCACAGUGACCUUCCUGCAGCAUGGAGUUGGCAUAUCUUUGCUGCUGGGGAUUUGGCCCUGCUAUUUAUUUUUAUAUUUAUGUCUUAAUCUCUUCCACUGAUGCAUCCUACCAAGGUAGGUGGGAAGGGUCUGUGGGAAGGGGCUGGCCUCUCCUGGGGGCUGUUGGGCUGCAGGGACAGAAGUGUGAGAACUGCGGCUUCUGCUGAUGCUCCGUCCCUCCUAGAAGCAACAUAAGGGAGGAAGCAAGGAUUGAGUCUGAGACUUAAGCACUUGGUCCCAGCUCGCCAGUUCCUGGUUCUGCGUCCUUGAACAAACUACCUAACCUUUCUGAGCCUCCUGUUCAUCAUCCGACACAAGCAUGAGCAGGUUCUCCCUUUCUGACUGUAAGAUACAUGAGCUGGUACGGAUGGUGGUCACGUGAUAGCCUUCCAUUUCUAUCACCCAGGCAGUGAAAGAGGAGCCGUGAGAUGAGGAGAGGAGGCCACGAUGGAGGUUUGGGGGAUGAUACCUACCUCCCAGGGUUGGCGUGAGGAUUCAUGGGCUAUUAGAGAUGAAAACCCCUGCACAAGGCCGGAACCAGUAGGCACUCAACAAAUGUUCGUGUCCUUUUUCUCUACCUGAGUCUAUAUUCCAACAAAGUAGAGAUUCCAAGUCUCAAAAGCAGUGACUAGAGCUCCCAUCCUUGCUCUUGUUUCUUCCUGCUUCAUAUCCCUCCCUCACCCUGGGCCUGAUGCCCUAAAUUUACGAGGUCAGGCUGUUCUAUGCCUUUUUCUCCUGGCUCCUCUUAGCCAGGUGCUUCCUGUGUAAGUUGCUGUAAUAGCUGUGGGUCAUAGGAAGAGAUCAGAGACCCCUCCCAGCACCCUGCAAAAGCCUUUGGGGGACAUGGUGUGCCAAGGACAUGUUCUUGCACUCCUGUCUUUAUAGUUAUUACUCAUGUAUGAGCCAAAGUCAAAUAUUGCUAACAGAAACUAAACCCUUGGUAAGAGAAGUUAGGGGUGUGUUGAACAGUGGCCUCUUUGACACUUGGCUGAUGAUGCCCACUGCAGAAACUUCAGGAUCAGAGGCCUCCCUCUGUGUCCUGUCCUAGCACUGCCAGAGCCAUCCACAGUGUUACUUUUUUGGGACUGUGAUCUUGUUCCCUUUACCUGGUCAUCGUACUGUGUUGUCCCUGGAGGAACAGCUUCUCCUCCUCUGUCUUGACAGUAUGGCUGGGGUUUUCCCUCGUUCAGGUGGGGAGACGUUUGCGGGUUAAAGAAAGGCCUCAUGCGGUGGUGUGUGUGGCUGUUAGACAUUGGUGGCACAGCUUCCCUUUGCUGGCGUCAUGGCACAUGGCGUCUGGGACAGAAUGAACCAUAGGGGCUCAGGAAAGACUGCUUCCUGCCCACCCCCAUCCCUGAUUUCUAGUGGCCCCUAAGAUUUUGGGUACAUCUUCCUUCAGGCUCACCUUCCUUCUUUUCAAAGCUCCUCAAUCCUGUUACUCAUUUGUCAAGGCUGGGCUUUUCCUACAAAGCCCUCAACCUGCUGACCACAUCGCCCUUUCUGGAGCUGAAGCUAAUCUCAACUCCAUUGGAUAGUGUUGUUCUGGGCUCUUCUCAUUGUAGAGGACUGGAGCAGAAAGGGUUCCUUGGAAAGAUGUGCUGGGUAGCCCUCUUUGGUCGGCUAACGUUUGAUUAGCUCUGGGCUCCAGCCCUUCCUUCCUUUAAAUAGCUGAUGCACUGCCAACCGGUCGCCAUUCUCAUCUUCUCUUUCCGUUCUCUUUCUUUGGUUCAGAAAUACUCUUUUGCUUUUUUUUGGAUGAACUCAAUUGCCCAAUGUUAGGUAUUGGGUAUUUUUCAAUCUUUAGUUUUCUGACUCUUCCAAGAAAGUUUGAGGAAGAGCAUGCACUGUUUUUGCGUUCCUUUCGCCCAUUCAUAUGUCUUGGCUUGAACCUUAUGACUCUGCAUCAAAGUCCACACGGCCUGUCCCUAGAUCCCUGAUGCACAAAUUAGGUCUCAUCAAUAAAUGUGGGCAAAG